GCGGCGGGGAGGGAUUGGACCCAUGAUGUCGUCUGGACCGCAUCCUUCUGUUCCUCUGACACAGGCGCAGAUUGCGCAACAACAACAAGCACAGGCCCACGCUAGCGAAUUGGCGAAGCGAAGGAGCCGCAAGCCGACAGACAAGAAUAUUCCCGAUGGCGUGGAGGAUUGUAUCAUCGAUCCCGAUGGUGUCAAGCGAUAUGUCGAGUUGAGAGAGAUUGAGAGGUUGAUUGACGCUACAAUAACGCGAAAGAGACUGGAUGUGCUUGAUGAUGCAAAGCGAAGCUCAAAGUUGCGGAAAACGCUGCGAAUCUGGAUUAGCAACACUACCGAAGAUCAGAUCUGGCAGGGAGAGAGUCUCAAUGCGGAUUCCUUUGACUUCACUCCGGCUAUGGAGGCAUCCUACCGCGUGAAGAUCGAGGGUUACCUUUUAGAUGAAGACGAUAGCACGGUCGACCAACCGAAGAGCGAUCGGCCAGAGGACAAACCCGCCGGCACAGAGACGAAUCAAAAGAAGCACCGAUUUUCGCACUUCUUCCAAUCCAUUUCUAUAGAUUUUGACCACUCCCGGUUCCGGAAUGGUGCUGAACACACGGUAGAAUGGAGGAGACCAGAAGGCUCGCAAAACCAAGCAGCCUCUGCUGCGUCAGCCGAUGGCGACUUUGACGAAUUUACUUUUAAGCGUAAUGGCGACGAGAAUAUCAACAUCACGGUCAAGCUACAGAGACACGAGUCGCCCGAGCGAUACCAGCUAAGCCCUGAGCUGGCGCAAGUCGUUGAUAUGACCGAAGCGACGCAACACGAGGCUGUUAUGGCCCUAUGGGAAUAUAUAAGGCUCUCAGGGCUGCAAGAGGAUGAAGAAAGACGCAACUUUCGAUGCGACCCCUAUUUGAAAAAGGUCAUUGGACGAGAUUCUGGUAUUAUACCAAUGCUCAGUGAAUACGUUAUGCCACACCUUCGCCCCUUGCCUCCAAUAUCUCUCCAAUACACAAUUCGAGUGGACGAGGAGUUUCACAGAAAUCCCCAGCCUACUGUCUAUGACGUCCAGGUAUUGGUGGAGGAUCCAGCCAAGUCCAACUUGCGCCCGAUAUUGAAUAACCCCCAAUACGCAUCCACAUUGAAGCAGGUUACCGCGCUAGAUGAGCAGCUGGCAAGGCUUGUGCAAGCAAUUUCCAUGUCCAAAGCCAAGCAUUCAUUCUUCACAUCGCUGAGCGAAGACCCAGCUAACUUUGUUAAGAGCUGGCUCAGCUCACAAAAACGAGACCUUGAGAUCAUCAUGGGAGAAGCAGCAAGCGAUGCUGAAAACGUUGCUGGGGAUGAAUGGCGGCGGGGCGGGAACAACAGUGUGUGGAACAGCCAGAACGCCAGGGAGAGUGUCAACGUUUUACUCUCCAGGCAACGAUGAGACGCUCCUUCUUCAACGUUGUGUAAUGAUUCAAGAUGGAAAUGGACGUCAUCGUAGAUGCGUGGGAUGAGAAAUGAGAAAAGGAAAGGAGAGAAAGAAGAGAAAGGAGGGGAGGGGGAAGUGAAAGUCAUCACAGCAGCAAGUCAUGAUCUGUUGCUACGAUUUAGAUAAAGGGGCCACCUGGCGUGUGGAAUUUAUCCAGCGAACUUAUUGCCUGCACUCUGAAUCAAUUUGUAAUAUUAUCUUUCAUAAUGGCAUGCCUUGACCCGCAGAUGAUUUGAUGUGGCCCUUAACUCCACGGUAUUAAUAAACUCCAAUACAAAAUGAGGACUGAGAGCAGAAUUUAAAAAAAAAAAAAAAAAAAAAAAAAA